CAUAUAUAAAUCCUACAAAUGCUGUGUAGAGGAAAAGCAUUAAAUAUUCUUUUUCAUUUGACAGGUAUUUUUGCCGUCUUGAAUAUUAUUUGGGAUAUUUAUUUACUUUAAUUAGAAAAGCAUUUUGUUAUAACACAAUGUCACUGAAAAUCAGCUGCAACGGCACCCUGGCCAAACGGCCAACCGAGACCGUUGUCGGCCACCAACCUGUGUCCAAGCGCACCAAGCCGGAACCUAUUUUCUAUAACAACACACCUGACACCUGCUCGGCUCAUCAGCGGCAGCAAAGGCGGCGACAACAGCAGACACUCUUUGAGAAACUGAUCAACAGACCCGCACCAUAUUUUUCUGUGCCUGCAGUAGCCCAAAGCGGUCUCAUAUACACAGCAAACCUGGCCCACUUUGCCAACCGCUACCUCGCCAUCAUCUUCUACCCGGGUGAUUUCAACCCGACCGCAGCGACAAGAAUAGCACAUUUUAGCGACUCUUGCGCGCAAUUCUCAGCACAAACCUGUACUCUGGUAUUCUGCUCGACAGACAGCGAGUAUGCGCACAUCAACUGGCGCCAAAAAAUAAAGCGCGACUGUGAUGGAAUUGGGCCCAUUGACGCGAUUAUGCUGUCGGAUCGGACACGUGGGAUGACGCGAGACUAUGGUGUUCUAUGCGAGGAGACCGGCCAGGCUGCGUGGGCCUUGGCGGUGGUUGAUUCAAAACAGGUGCUGCGCUUUGUCGCUGCUGAUGAGGACACCAACUGCUGCUCGGCCGACGAGGUGCUGCGACUGGUGCGCGCGCUCAAGCAGUCUGACAUUGAUGGCCGCGGCUCCCAAGUGUAAUAAAAUAUUCAGCGGACACUGAGUGUGAUAUCUUAAUUUCUAUUUAUGAUCAACAGAUCUUGAUCCGCCGAUUGGAUUUUUUUUUACCAUUUUCGUUUUGGUUUGUUUUUACCUUUACACUCUUUAUUCCAUUUCACCUUCAAUUCCCACCUUCAACGAG